GUCAGUCAGGUGGGAACUCCUCUAAAAAGAGUCCAGAGAUGAGAAGCCGUGUGGGUUUCUGUUAAAACACUUGUGCUGUUUCAAGCUUCAUCUCUCUUCUGCAACUGCUUUCCCUCCCCUUCAAUCUCUGUCAAUCUCUCCUCUGAUUUUUAUCUUCUCUUCUCUAUCGAUGAGGAUGACCUUGCAACAGUUUAGCACAACCAUCCCUCACCAAGAAGAGGAAGAUAUGACCAACGACCACCACAUGUAUGGUAAUGCACCAGACCAAUCAAAUGGUCUCAGCAGUUACUCCUCCACCACCUCCACUUCCUCUCCUUGUUCUUCUUCAAUGGGGAUGUUUGCAGAUAUCGGUUCUCUCUCCAUCAAUCCCAAGUCUGCUUCCCAAGAGAGUAAUGACUGUAAAAGCUUUGACAAGGAUAACAGGAGAGGUGGUUGGGCUUUUCCUUUUAUGGGAAACUCCACCAGCAGCUUGGAGGACCCCCACAACAGUGAAAGUGAUGAUGCUAAGGUCUCUGAAUCCAGUAAUGGGUUUGGAGAAAACAAUGCUAUAGCGCAAGACAAAUACAACAAGCACCCCCACAACUUUAAUGAAGAGAACCCAAAUGUAAAUUCAGUGAAUGGGAAGGAACUAGAUAGCGGGCAGUCAAAGCUUUGUGCAAGAGGGCAUUGGAGACCUGCAGAGGAUAGCAAGCUCAAGGAACUUGUUGCUCUUUAUGGUCCUCAGAAUUGGAAUCUUAUAGCAGAGAAGUUGGAGGGAAGAUCAGGCAAGAGUUGCAGAUUAAGAUGGUUUAACCAGUUGGACCCAAGGAUCAAUAGAAGAGCUUUCACUGAAGAAGAAGAAGAAAGGCUAAUGGCUGCUCAUAGAUUGUAUGGUAACAAAUGGGCCAUGAUUGCCAGGCUUUUCCCGGGGAGGACUGAUAAUGCAGUGAAGAAUCAUUGGCACGUUAUAAUGGCAAGGAAGUACAGAGAACAAUCUAGUGCUUAUAGGAGGAGGAAGUUUAACCAAACUGUUAGUAGACGGUUGGAGGAGAAUGGAAGCUUUGCUUGCAGAGAUGCAUCUACUACAAUAACAGAUUCUAACUGCCUCAAUCUCUACAAUGGAAGCUUCAACAACUCCUCUCCCUUCCCAUUUGCAGCUCUUUUUGGUGGUGGUGUUUCUGGAUCAAAUGGUUUGCCACACGUGACCAGUGGUGAUGAUUCGGCUCCCUUUCCUAGACGAGAAAUGUUACUUGGUUCUUCAAGUAGGAAUAACUUCCCGCCUCAUAGUGGGUUUUGUGCGGAGCAAGUCCCCUUUGAUUUCUUCUCCGGUACUAAGAACCAUGGCAUGACCGGACUUUUCGGGCAGAACAGGCAAUGGGAUAGGCCAAGCGAUGAUUCCUCCACCUUCACUGGUUUCUACACCACCCAGUCACCGAUGAUGCCAAUGCAACAGUCAGACCAGUAUCAGCCUUCUAGUUUCUCGGACUCCACAACAUCAACAUCCCAACUCUCAGUCACGGAAGCAUCAUCAUCUGUUGCAGACAAUAGCCGAACCAGCCAUUUCGAGAGCACCAUCUCGCCACCAUUUAUAGACUUUCUUGGGGUUGGAGCCACAUGAAGAGAAGACCAGGAAAAACUGGAAAAGAAAGAAAUUUCUAUAAGGAGUAGAUGUUGAAAGUUGAAACUGAAUGGUGCUCAAAAGAAGGCUCCUUUGGCACUAAAGGGCACGAAAAAUAUGGAAGUUCAUCAGUUUAGUAGUGGAGAGAUGAGCAAUAAUAAUAGUAUGAAGCCACCCCUUAACCAAAUCUCCUUGUGACCCACCACCCAGUUUAGAUAGCUGAUCAAAUGUAGAAGAAUAAUUAAGAUUAUUGUGCAGAACUGCAGAACCAAAUAGCUCGUUUUCUCUUUCUUUCUUCGUCAUUAUCUUGGUUUCACCGGAGAAGAUGACUUUGCCCGAUAACAUACAGGAGAAAACAAUAUUAAAUAAAUUGAAGAGAUGUUAGGAAAAAAAAAGCACCGGAUUGAAUAUCAUGUGAUGCUGAGCUCCAUGGUAGGAAACAAACUCCACCCAUUGAAACUAUAGCAUGGCCAUUUAAAUUAGAAGCCCCAUAGUAACUUGCCCAAGUUUAUCAGCUUCUGCUCUAAAGAGGACCUGUGCCAGAGAGAGAGGACGAAAUGUAUAAAACAUGUUUCCAGUUUGUCAAUCAACUGACGGUUCACAGGUUUAGUUGCAGAGAUUUGUAACCGAAUGGGGCAUUUAUGGAAGUGGAUAUCAUGCAAGGCCCAUAGGAAUACUUCUAUCACUCCUAUACAGAUCUUUUUGAAGUGGUCCCUAAACCAAAUUAAACAUCUCAAGUUUGCCUCCGAGAUUGAGAAAAAUUGAGCAAAAAGGAGUUGAUGAAAAUGUUGAAUUCAGAGGGGUGUUCUCUGGAAGUUUGUUCUCAGUUAUUCACAUGAAAUAACCCAUAUCGGAAGUUAAACACGCUAAUAAAAAUUCAUAGACCAAUGCUGAGAUAAGCCUCUCCAUGAGCCAAACGCAUUUGUGCAAGAGAGACUUUGGCCGUUGGAUGUCAUUAUUAUAUGAGAUGAGCCUGCAACCAUUUAUCUCGUCUUUUUGUUUGUAAUUGUUUCAUUCUCUCCUUUUCUUUAACUCUUGAACAGACGUUUAGAUGUCA